GCCCUGACUUCUGCCAUCCGGUGUGUGCCGAAAGUCAACAAAAUAGAGUUUUCCCAGAGAUUUUAUUCUGCUAUUUAAAAUAAAAUAUUGUUGCGAUUUUUGUCAGCGGCCAACAAUGCCUACCACACAUGACUGGAUUAACAACCCUCUCGGUGUUGUUGAAGGGAUGUUCGCUGCUUCCCAGAACAAUCCGAACUCUGGAUGGGAGGCGAAAGCGGUUGAAUUCUUUAAAGAUCACCUGAAAGAGAAGGAAGCUCAGACCUGGGUCCCCUCUCUGAACGAUGUCCCGCUGCACUACAUGAAGCCCAACAGCCUGGUGAAGUUCCGCUGUUUAAUCCAAGACAUGUUCGAUCCAGAGUUCUACAUGGGAGCGUAUGAGGCUGUUGAUCCCUCUACAAAGGCAAAAGUGUUGAAAUGCGGGAAGUACAAAGAUGUGAUGGAAUGUGGGGUGGAUUUGAACUCCAAAAACACAGUGACUGCAGAGAGACAGACUUUCUACUGCGUGCCAAUCCCCGGAGAGAGUCCCUGGGUGAAAGAGAGCUAUGCUAGCUCAAGCCAAGCGAGAGUGGUUCCGUCCACCUCUUAUGUUCCGACGAGACAGAAACGCAGCUAUGAGGAAGACGAUGACAUGGACACACAGCCGCAGCCGCAGAAGCAGAGGGAAAAGCAUACUGGUCUUCAGAGUCCAACAGAACACCAUGGCAACGGUGAGUGUAAGCGGCGGGAGACAGAAGCUCCUUCCAACCAGACGGCACCUGCCUCCCACCUCGACCUCAACUUCCCCCUGCCCGGAGAGAAAGGCCCCUCCUGCCUCGUCAAGGUGUACGCAGAAUGGGACGGCUUCAAACUCAACGACACACUGGAGGUCUACGGGAUCCUCUCCGUCAGCCCCGCUCUCAGCGCUCUGGCCGACGAGAAAGACGUCUCCUCCUCCUUCCUGGACCCGGCGGAUUCCAUGGAGACGGCGGAGGAGCAGAGGGUGCACUGCCCGCCGGCCUCGCUCGUGCCUCGCCUCCACAUGCUCUACGCCAAGCCUCUGCCGCACAACAACCCCCUCCUCCCCCCCACCCUGGAGGACAACAGUGCCUUUUUAUCGUCCACCCUGAGCGAGAUGGCUGCUGUCAGGGCGGAGCUGCUCACAUACUUCACUCACAUCCUGCUGGGAGAUGCCCUGGCUGCCGAGUAUCUCAUCCUGCAUCUCAUUUCUAACGUGUACAGCAGAAGGGAUGUUCUCCCUCUGGGAAAAUUCUCCUUGAACCUGAGUGGCUGUCCUACGGUCUCCUCGUACACUGAAUGCCUCUACCAGGUCAUCCAGCAGCUGGUGCCUUCUUCGUUCUAUCUAGCCAUGAGCCUCCAGAAUAUGAACCAGAUGAAGUUCGUGCCAAAGAAGGACUAUGUGGCCAACCGGCUAGUGAGCGGAGCCCUGCAGCUGGCCAAACACACUUCCUUGUUCCUGGACGAGAUCCAGCUGGAGCAGGGACAGCUGGACACGACAGGUGUGCAUAACAUCACAGCCCUGGGGAACCUGAUCUCGUGGCAGAAGGUUGAUUAUGACUUUAAUUACCACCAGAUGGAAUUCCCCUGCAAUAUUAACGUGCUCACCGUGUCAGAGGGCCGCUCGCUGCUGCCGUCGGACUGCCAGAUACACCUACAGUCUCAGGUCGCCCCCCCCAACAUGGAGGAGUAUCUGAGCAGCUUGCACAUGCACCCGCAGGCUUCACAGCUCAACAAGUUCAGGAUGUACCUGAGCGUGGCUCGGCUGCUGGACUACAGCAUCUCUGACGAAAUGACAAAGUCAGUUGAGGAUGACUUUGUAGAUAUGAGGAAGGACGACCCUCGGAGCGUCUCCGCUGAGGACCUCCACAGUAUGCUGGUCGUGUCGAGGUUGCUGUCUCUGAGCCUGGGGCUGACGUCUCUUUGCACUGACAGCUGGCUGAGGGCCAAACACAUCGAGGUGCUGCGCAGGAGCCGCGUGGAGCAGCAGAAGUGUCUGAACGGCAACGAGCCGUGAUCACACCGCGAGGAAACAAGACGCCUUCUGUUUUUCUUUUUGAUACCUAAAAAAGUUUGUAAUAAAGAUGUUUUUCAUAUGUCA